GCCGCGAGACCCACACGGCUCUCCCCUCGACGACGCCGGCGAUGGGCAAGCGGAAGCAGCAUGGCGGUGGCGGCGGAGAAGCCGCCGUGGAAGGUGACGCGGCCACCGGCGGCGCUGGAGGAGGACACAGUCCCUCGACCGUGUUCGUCUCCAACCUGCCGUACACCUUCAAGUCCUCCGAUCUCGAGGCGGUGUUUAGCGAGGUAGGCCCGGUGCGGCGCUGCUUCAUGGUCGCGGAGAAAGGAUCAGAGACGACUCGAGGCUUUGGGUUCGUGCAAUUUGCAACUGUUCAAGAUGCUGAGCGAGCUAUUCAACAAAAGAAUGGAUUCACUGUUGCUGGAAGGAAAAUCAGAGUUAAGCUAGCAAUUAAUCGUGCUCCACUGAAGGAACGCUUGCAAAAGAAGGAGAACAUGCAAAUGAAGGAGUCUGAUGCAAAAGUUGAGCCAGAUGAUUCUUCUGCUUCUGCAAAGCAUAAGGAUAACUCUCAUAAAGAUAAAACAGAUCCAGAGCGACCGCAGUUGGUGGCAAAGGAUGCUACAGUAGCAAAGGAAGCUUGCAUUGGCGAUACUGAUAAAGUGAAAAGUUCGGAAAAACAAAGGGUUGCAAAAACGGUUAUAUUUGGUGGACUGCGAGACUUUGCUAUGGCUACGGAGGUUUUCCGUCAGGCUGGAGAGAUUGGCUCGGUUGUAUCUGUAAACUAUCCACUUCCCAAAGAAGAAAUGGAACUCCAUGGGCUUGCCCGAGAUGGAUGCACAUCAGACACAGCAGCUGUACUCUUCGCAAGUGUCAAAUCAGCUUGGGAUUCUGUUGUCUGCUUGCAUCGUAAGGAGGUCAAGGGAGCGAUUGUCUGGGCUCGUCAACUUGGUGGAGAGGGUUCAAAGAUCAGGAAAUGGAGAGUGAUUGUCAGGAACCUGCCAUUCAAGAUUACAGAAAAGGAGAUCAUGGAUAUAUUUAGUUCAGCUGGGUUUGUCUGGGAUGUGUCUAUCCCGCAUAAGUCCAAUGAGGGGAUAUCAAAAGGCUUUGCUUUUGUAUCUUUCAUACGCAAACAGGAUGCAGAAAAUGCUAUAAAAAAUGUCAAUGGAAAAGUUGUUGCUAAGAGAACUGUAGCUGUUGAUUGGGCUGUUUCGAAGAAAUUAUACACUGUUGCUGCAAAAUCCGAUGCUAAGGACAAUGAGCAUGUGAAUGUAUCUGAUAAUGACAGUGAUGAUGACUCCUCUGAAGAUAAUCUUGUUGGAGAAGAUGAUAGCUCUGAACUUGAUCAGGAGACUGCUAUUCGUCCUUCUGAGGAUGAUUUCAAAUCCGAAGUAGAUAUUUCUAGAAAAAUUCUUGAAAAUUUGAUAAAGUCAUCGGAGAAGUCUGAACCAUCUGGUAUUGAGGGUUCAGAUAUUGAUACAGACAAUGAAAAAGAAAAUGACACAUCAGAAAAGAAGAAAACUGGUUUACCUGCAGCUGGUAAAUUGGAUAAGUCGAAACAUGUAACAGAUGCAGAAAUGACUCUUCCUGCUUCCGAACCCAAGAAAAAAGAUAUUGGCCUGGAUAGGACUAUAUUCAUAAGCAACCUUCCUUUUGAUAUAAGUAAUGAGGAGGUAACAGUGCGCUUCUCAGUGUUCGGGAAGGUCGAAUCUUUCUUCCCGGUUCUUCAUAAACUCACAAAGAGACCUAGAGGGACUGGUUUUCUGAAAUUUUCUACAGCAGAGGCAGCUGAUGCAGCAGUUUCUGCUGCCAAUGCUGCUCUUGGAUUAGGAAUUUUUAUAAAAAGCAGGGCACUUAAUGUCAUGAAAGCGAUGGAUAAGGAGUCGGCUCACAAAAUGACACUUGAUAAGGCGAAGAAUGAGGUUGAGGAUCGACGAAACCUAUACUUGGCUAAGGAGGGUGAAAUACUUGCUGGAGCACCAGCUGCCAAAGGCGUAUCAGAUGCUGACAUGAAUAAACGAAAUUGGUUAGCUAGAAGGAAAGCAGAGAUGCUUCAGUCUCCAAAGUUUCACGUGUCCAGAACUAGGCUUAUCAUCUACAAUUUGCCUAAGACUAUGACCAUUAAUGAUGUCAAGAAGCUUUGCAGAGAAGCAGUUAUUUCUCGUGCUACCAAGCAAAGUCCUGUCAUCCGGAAGGUGAAUAUCCUGAAGAAUGAAAAGAAAGGCAAGGUUGCUGUACAGAAGCAUUCCCGCGGUGUAGCCUUCGUUGAUUUUCAAGAACAUGAGCAUGCUCUUGUUGCUCUAAGGGUUCUAAACAACAACCCUGAAACUUUUGGUGCCGAACGUCGUCCAAUUGUGGAGUUUGCACUCGAGGAUGUUGAAAAAGUGAGGCUCCAGAAGAUUCAGAAGGAACGUUAUCAGAAGUCACAAGAAGUUGCAGGAGGUCAGCAGAGACCUUCGGGAGAUCAAUCUGCAGGUGAUGGUCUUCAUGGAGAUAACAGAAAGGUUUUUAGAAAAGGAAACAAGCGGAAAUCACAUGAUGGACCAUCUAAACCAUCCGAUCCUGUUGAAGGCCCUGCCAAGGAUCAUUCAGUUGCUGGAGAUGGAAGCACCGUGGAUGGUAAAAGCAAGGCUAAAAGACCUGCAAAAAGAGCACGAAAGUCAAAUGAGAGGACCAUUUUGUCGAACCAACGUCAAACAGAUGCAACCCCAAAUGCUUCUCAGAAUCAAGCUGUGCCAAGUGAGCAUGAUCAGGCAGCCGCUCCAAAGAAAAGGAAAAACAGAAAAGAUGGUCAGAUGGAGCAAAAGAGAGGAAGGGCUGCAAGAAGGACAAAGAAAGAACCUAUUGGGGAAGGAGGGGUGGAUAAGUCGCUGGUGGAGCAGUAUCGUUCCAAGUUUUUGGAACACGGUGUGAGCAAAACCAAGGGAUAGUUGAGCGGGAUUCCCUUGGGUGAGCAACAUGGUGAUUCGGGCCAGCGUGUCAAAGGCUAAAGUUUUUUCAAAAGCUUUCGUCUCCACAAAACUUUUCAGCCCCAUGUGGGUAUGCCAAAAUUUUGGUUGUACGGUUUUGAUUGUUUCGUGUCAAUCUUUACCCUGGAUUGCAGUGACUGAUAUUUAUCGAGCAAUCUAUUUACAGUUGUAUGA